AUGAAUUUGGAUACUAAUUACACAUUAUAUGCCUAUCUCUUCUUCACACUCAUAACCAUCUUCCUUCUUCACAAACUCUUCAGCUCCUCCUCUAGCCGCCGCGACAAUCUUCCUCCAGGUCCGCGAGGACUUCCGGUUCUUGGUCAUAUGCAUCUUCUACGAUCAAGCAUCCCUCGUUCUCUACAAGCCUUGGCUCACACGUACGGUCCACUCAUGACCAUACGCAUCGGAUCACUACAAGUCCUCGUCGUCUCAGAUUCCGACACAGCUAAGCAAAUCCUCAAGUCUCACGACGCUGAUUUCGCUUCCAAGUUCGUGUUUGGUCCGAGACAGUUCAACGUUUACAAAGGAGCAGAGUUCUUCAACGCACCUUAUGGACCUUACUGGAGGUUCAUGAAGAAGCUAUGCAUGACUAAGCUAUUCGCUGGUUAUCAGCUCGAUCGGUUCGUCGAUAUAAGAGAAGAGGAAACGUUAGCUUUACUGAGAUCUCUCGUUGAAAGAUCGAGCAAUGGAGAGGCUUGCGAUCUCGGUUUGGAGUUCACUGCUUUGACUACAAGGAUCUUGUCAAGAAUGGUUAUGGGGAAACGUUGUCUCAAAAACUCGAAUCUUCCCAUAGAGAUCAGGAAGAUCGUCAGUGAUAUAAUGACUUGCGCCACAAGGUUCGGUUUCUUGGAGCUGUUUGGACCACUUCGUGAUUGGGAUGUGUUUGGGAAUGGUAAGAGGCUUAGAUCUUCCAUUUGGCGGUAUGAUGACUUGGUUGAGAAGGUACUAAAGGAAUAUGAAGAUGAUAAGAGCAAGAAUGAAGAAGAGAAAGAUAAAGAUAUCGUUAUUAAUAUCUUGUUGGACACGUAG